AUGCCGCGCGGCUUCCUGGUGAAGAGGAGCAGGCGCGCGCCGUACGGGGCCGUGUACCGAGCCCGCGAGGACGAGCACAACGAGCUCGAGCAGCCGACCACCAGCACCACCAUCAGCGCGAUGACCCCAACUAUAACAGCGCGCGCUGCAGACGACAGCCCGCCGCAGCAGCUCUUUCCCGCGCGCUCCCCAGCUGUGGCCGAGUCGUUCCCGCUCAGCGCCAGCUCCGUGGCGCGCGCGCUGCUGUUGCAGCAGCAGCAGGGUCACGCGGAGUCGGCGGUGCGCGCCCACAGCGCCCACAGCGCCCACAACGCCCACGCGCAGAGCGCGCGGAGCCGCAAGAAGCCGGCGAGGGUCGCGCGCAAACAUCAGCAGCAUCUGAGCGCGGAGGACGAAGAGUCCACUUCGCCCGUUCUGGGGCUCGCGAUCCUCCGCAGGGAGAAGGAGAGGAGUCCCGCGCCCGGGCGCGCGCACGCCGGGGGCACCUCUGGCUCCGGCGCGUCCGGAUCCGGCUCUGGAGGCGCGCGCCCCCUGCGCGAGUUCAUCUGCCAGCUGUGCAAGGAAGAGUACGCGGACCCGUUCGCGCUCGCGCAGCACAGGUGCUCGCGCAUCGUGCGCGUGGAGUACCGGUGUCCCGAGUGCGCCAAGGUGUUCAGCUGCCCCGCCAACCUGGCAUCGCACCGCAGGUGGCACAGACCGCGCGAGCAGCAGCAGCAGCAGCAGCAGCAGCAGCACGGGCAGGGGCACGCGGACCACAACAACAACAACAUCAGCAUGAGCAUCAAGCACGCGGACAGCAAGGACAACAAGGAGGAAGGGAAGGAGAACGCGAGCAGCAGGAGGCACCUGACCACCACCACCGCCUCCACCAUCACCGCCGCCCCCCACUCCGUGCACGAGACCGAGCAGGGAAGGUUCACGUGCGGACUGUGCCGGGGACACGCGCGCGCAGGCGCAGGAGGAGCAGCAGGAGGAGAAGAGCGCGCGUUGUGGCCCGGGAGCGCGCAUGUAGGUGUGGGUAUGGGGGCUGUUGGUGUGAGUGUAGGGGGGAUCGGAGGCGGGGUGGAGUUCUGUCCCUCCCUCUACAGCGCGCACGGACUGAGCGCGCACCUGAGCAGGUGCCACACUGCUGAGAGCGCGCGCGCUGCCAUGAUGCACGUGCCCCCUAGACCGGUGUGCUGAUACAUCCAGAGAGACACUUGUAUACCCAGUUUAGACACGUGUGGGCCGAGUCUCAAUUCACACUCCCUGCUCCCUACAUAGUGCACACAGCAAGAGGCCUCUGAAUCCAGUCCGCGAGUCCAGUGUCCUGGGUUUUGUGAUCGCUGGUAGGAAAGACUAGUAGUUCAGCUAACAGUUAAAGGUCUUGCUGAUGACACUUAGUGGCUGUUGGAGCCCAUCUAGUCCACUCCGCUCAGCACAGGCAGGCUUAGUGCACACCUCUAAGACAGGGGUCCUGGUGGGCCAGCAUCUAGCCAAUUCAGAGGUUGCCAGUUCACUCAAACACACCCACUAAACCUGGCAUUUAAGUGUAAUCAGGUGUGUUUGAAUAGGUAAAUCACCAAACUGUGCUGGACACUGGCCCUUCAGGACCAGAGUUGUGCACUCCCUGCUGUAGGAUCUCUUACAGCUCGGUUGGUGGAAGAUCAUUCCAGAAAGUUCAGGAGAGCAAGCUUGACUAAAACCAGAUUAAAAGACCACCACGCAGCUGCGUCCAUCUCCAAAAAAGCAACUUUACAGGAGAAGCAGAAAACUGACUUAACUUUCAAUGCAGGUUAAUGCAAAAAUAUUUUUUUCCAAGUCAUUUUGGACCAUUUCCGUUGGUCCGGUCGUCCUAAAACUUCAAUAUGAUGCAAAGAGCAGCUCAUAUUUUUAAACAGAGUUAAAAAUUAAAAUCAACAAGGUUUGGUUCUGACACUGACAAUAUGGCUAGAAGCACUGCGGCUCAUUUUCUCCUGCAGUUUGCAAAUAUAAUUCCCAUUUAGAGCUUCUUCCUGAUGUUGUGCUUAUGCCCAUUUGUAAAUCACUUGACUAAAAUGAAAAAUGAUGUAAUAAUAAAGAUUAUUAUUACUGGUAAUUCCAAAAUCCUGGACUGGAAGCUGGAGGCCCUCUGCGCACUACAGGGAUUGAAUUGGGACUCAGCCAUACAUUCACACUCAUUAACGCUGUAUGAAGUGUUUGUGUUCUGCUCAUAUUAUAAUCAGUAUUUUCUUGUUUAUCUGAGAUGCAGUAACUGGUAUAAAACUUUAUUCCCAAUCCGGGUUCAUCAACUAUUCGGUGUAAAUAAAUGUAACCGUG